UCGUACUAUGCGGAUUCCUUUGUGGCAUUGUUAGCCACCGUGCUAUGCUAAAACCCUAACUGAGCUCUGUACUGGCUAGCAAGCAUAACUUACCGGCAAAUAUUUUCUAUAAUUGUUCUGUGAUACCGUCGUCAGCUGUCCUGCAAAAUUAAGGACCGAUUACAAUUUCCCUCAAAAUUCCCAAAGAAAUCAUUAUCCAGUUCUAUGUUCAGUACAAUACAUGAGCUAACUAACCUAGCUAUAGAAGGAUGGAUUCAAAGAGAGACAUGAAAGAUCAAGAAUCAGAAAGAGUCUCCAAGGUGACGGCUGUGCUACUGAAGUCCCGGACCGGAGAGUUUGAUCUGGAAUCUAUUCUGUUCCUGAAGCUCAGAGGUCUUGGGAUCUAUGAUCUAGGCUGUAUCGGGGAGUGUGUCAAUCUGGAGAGACUGGAUCUGUCUGGUAACAACAUCACUAACCUGGGUCCUCUCUCCUCUCUGAGACUACUAAAGAUUCUCAAUGUGUCAGCCAACAGGAUCUCUAACUUAGAAGCCAUUUCCAUCUGUGAUGGUUUACAGAGCCUAAAUGUGGCUGGGAACCUCAUAUCCAGCAUUGACAACAUCCACUGCCUUCAGUCGUUGAGGAAGCUGGAGAAUAUUCGCCUGAAAGACAACACCUAUAACUACACCAACCCAGUCUGUAAGAACUCAUCGUACAAAAACAUUCUGCUGGAGAUGUUCCCUAACAUCAGAGUGUUGGAUGGUGAAAGAGUGGUUGGACGUGGGAGCGAUUUAUAUCAAUUAUGCAAAGACAUUGAUGAAACUAUCAAAGAUGGUUUCUAUAGGAAUGGCCAGCUACCAGAGCUGCCUGACUGUAAGCCCUGGGUCGACAACGACUUCUGGGAGAUCAAGAGAUCCAACAACGCCAUUAUAGACGAGGCCUACAAACAAUUCAAUGAUGUGCUUCAUGAAUGCAGACUGCUAAACAACAGAGCAGCACAUGUGAUCUCACAGACAGAGAGAUCUCUGAGCCUCAAGAACCAGCCAAAGCAGUAUGCUGUUUAAAAUACAGUUUAAAAUGGGCACUAAAGCAGUACGCUGUUUAAAAAACAGUUUAAAAUGGGCACUAAAGCAGUACGCUGUUUAAAUGCUGUUUAAAAUGGGCACUAAAGCAGUACGCUGUUUAAAUGCUGUUUAAAAUGGGCACUAAAGCAGUACGCUGUUUAAAUGCUGUUUAAAAUGGGCACUAAAGCAAUACGCUGUUUAAAUGCUGUUUAAAAUGGGCACUAAAGCAGUACGCUGUUUAAAUGCUGUUUAAAAUGGGCACUAAAGCUGUACGCUAUUUAAAUGCUGUUUACAACAGGCAACAUUGAUUGUGAAGUGUGUUUGUGAUAUGUGUUACUUACAUGAAGCAAUGUCAUGGCUUCAUGUAUAGUUGUGUUUGUAUUAAAGAUGUUGUUUUAUAUCUGA